AUGUCUAACAAUCCUCAUCCCCAGGAUGAUGGGUCACAGCUAUAUGAUAACUUUGAAAUAUCACCUCCUUCUAUUGUAAUCAGGAAAGCCGAUACUGAUCAAUCUUUAAAUAAAAUUAUGCUCAAUCAAGAAUCACAAGAUAUCAACAACUACUAUACUGAAAAUGUUAAGAACGACAACAACCCUAAUAAUAGCUAUCAAGACUACACAUUUUCGGGAAAUUCAUCAAACCAACAACAUCAACAACAACAACAACAACAUUUGUAUGAGGAUUUGCCUACUCAAUUUCAUUAUUCCAAUAAUUCAUUUUUUGAACCUCCACCGGCACCUACUGUGGAAUUAACUGAUGACCCAUUACCUAAUUUCAAUUACCCUCCUUCAAACAUAUAUAUUAAUGAUAACGCCUCCGACAUAUCAUUAAACACAAAGGACUUGCCUCAGUUUACCACUAACGAAUUUCUUUCUCCAACAUCACAACUUAGUACGCCCUUUUCACCUGGUCAUUAUUCACAACUGCUGCAAGAUUUCUUACAAGUGAAUCACACUAAUGGUAGUGGUAACAACAACAAUAACAACAACAAUAACAAUUUAUUAAAUCCUCGUUCACCAUCACAAUAUUCAUCCCAUUCAUUAUACUCAGAUAAUUCAUCACAACCUGCAUCUCCAUUUUUAGAUGCAGCUUCCCAUGUUAGUAACAAUAGUUUUAUUCCUCCAGUGAUACCUACUGCAUUAUCAGAUGUUGGAUCACAGAACCUUGACCCCUCUCAUAACUUGGGGCUAUCAGCAAACCAACACUUUGAUUCUGUUAACGAAUUUUUAAGCACAGGAGAGAUACAACUUGGACAAUCUGUCAGUUCAACAAAUUUACCUUCUAUGGAGGAAGAUAGUAUAAAAUGGGGUGGUGGUAAUGGACAAGAAGCCUAUACUAGUCUAGCGAUGAUGGAACAAAGAGCAAGUGCAGAUAAUAGUGGUAUGAGAUUGGCAACCCAUCAAUUUUCUGAAACUCAAAUCAAACAAGAAGAUCAACAAACUAAUAUGAAUCACCAAUAUACUUUUUCGAAUCCACAAAUGAAUUUUGAUUUUGAUAUUACAGUUACUCCUCCACCACAACAACUAGAAGUGAAACCUUUUGGCAACGACAAGGAUAUGAAUAAUAGUAGUGGCACCACCAAUAAUAAUAAUAAUAAUAGUCAAUUUGAUAUUGUGAGUACUGCAGCUACGAACAAUUCUAAUCAAUUAUUGACAGAAAAUAAUUUAUCCAAUUACAAUCAAUUACAACGGACAGAGCAAGGUAAUGAUAACGAUAGUUUACAAAUCCAUCGAGAUGCCACAGGUAUAAUCAUUUCCAUUAAUCAAGCUCCUGAAGAAAUUGCUGCUAAAACACCAUCAUUAUUUAGUAACUCUUCAGCAAAUUCAUCAAUUCAUAAUUCACCAAGAAGUGAUAUUGAUAAUAAAAGUGGUCAAUAUUAUAAUAAUGGUGGCGAUGGUAAUAGUCUCGUACCGAACUCACAAUUGCUACCUUCAUCACCAAAUUCCAACAAUGAUAAUUAUGGUGGUGGUGGUAGUAGUAACGAUGAGAAUAAUCUAUUAAAUCCAGAAGAAUUUCAAUCGGUGAAACGAGGACGACGGAAAAGUCAUGCAUCAAGAACUUCGACCAAUCCAAAUAGUUUAUCACCACGAUCAAGAUCAAGGUCAAGAUCAAGUGCCAAAUCUUCAAAUGAUGCUGUUAUAUCAGAUAAUGAUGAAUCAGAUGAUGUAUUACAAUCACGAGAGAAAAUGUUAGAAUUGGCAUUACCUUCACUGUCAUCGAAACGAACCCAAAAACAUCCAAGUUUAUAUGCUUGCCAUUUAUGUGAUAAACGUUUUACUCGACCUUAUAAUUUAAAAUCACAUAUUCGAACUCAUACUCAAGAAAAACCAUUUAUAUGUAGUAAAUGUGGUAAACUGUUUGCUAGAUCUCAUGACAAAAAACGUCAUGAAUUAUUACAUCAAGGUAUUAAAAAUUUUAAAUGUGAAGGUUAUUUACAAGAUGGUACUAGAUGGGGAUGUGGUAAACUGUUUGCUCGUGCUGAUGCCUUACGACGACAUUUUCAAACUGAAGCAGGGAAACAAUGUGUUAAACGAUUAUUAUUAGAAGAACAAGCAAAUUCAAGUGGUAAACCACUUGCUACUAGUAGUGGUGUUGAAAUUACUUAG